GACCUCCAAAACGACCACCGCUACCUGCAAGACGUUCACUUUUCAGACCUUUACCAGAGCAUACCUCAGUACAAUGGAGCAGAUAGUACAGGAUAUGAUCAGAGAAUACCAAGACCUCAAUGGCUUUACUAUAGAACGUGUACACCACCCAAGCGCAACAGAAUUUGCUAAGAUCGUCUCUCGAAACCGGCCGGUCGUCAUUACUGGUGUAUUAGAGGAGUGGCCUGCAAGACGGAACUGGUCACUGUCCAACCUUCGUCAAAAAGUUGGCCACACCAUGGUAGAUGUUGCAGAAACACCAUCUGGUAAUGCUGACUCCGUAGUCGGCGAUCAUUUCGUGCAGCCGUAUGUUAGCGUUCAACCUCUGAACAGUGUCUUCGACUGGCUGGAAAGCCGCCAUAAGGGAAGUCGUGAGGGCAAUGUGAAGUACGUCCAAACUCAAAAUGGUAAUCUGGCGACGGAGUUCUCGACGCUUCAGCAUGAUGUGUUGGAAUUCGACUGGGCAAAGGAGGUGUUCGGUUCAGCAGCAGACGCAGCCAACAUUUGGAUCGGCAAUUCCGAAAGUGUCACAAGCUUACACAAAGAUCCCUAUGAGAACCUUUACUGUCAAAUUGCCGGCGUCAAGACAUUUACACUGAUUCCACCCUGGGAAUUUUAUUGCCUUGAUGAACGGCUGCUACCGACAGCCACGUAUCAGCCUGUAGCCAACGAUAAGCUUGCUGUUGUGCCAGAUUCGCCGCCCCUGUCCAUUCCGUGGUUAUGUGUUGACCCCACGGCACCGGAGCAGAGUCCCACGUUUUCCGAGUUUUGUCGGCCGUUACGAGUGGACUUACAACCAGGUGAGGUGCUAUACCUCCCCGCAUUAUGGUUCCACCAUGUUGGACAGCGGAGUGAUGAGGAAGGAAAGGUUAUAGCUGUCAAUUGGUGGUAUGACAUGUGCUACUCACAACCAUUGUACGCGCAGUUCAAUUUCAUGAAGGCCAUUGUGCUGGCAGCGAAGGGAGGCUAUGGCUGGAAAUAGGCGGGCCGAGCUGGGCCAUACAUAACUGGCCUUUACACUUGGCAAAACCAGCUGGUAGCCCAUUUCUAAAAGGGUAGUCAGAUACCGAUUAUACGUUGAUUAAUCGAAAGAGGCUUUCGUUUAAAUGCGAC